ACGCAUUCAAUACACGAAUAUAUCGCUAUUGAAUACAAAAUACAUUAUUAAAACUUUUUUGUGUGUUUGGAAAUCAGUAUUAAAAAACAAAAACAAAAAAAGUUUUUAACAAACUUUUUUUCAUCGUAUAAUAAUUGUGUGAAUAGCAAAAAAAACUCUCAAUUCAUAUCACAUUUAUUAUAAUACCAUUUGAAUUGUGUAUUGAAUUUCAUGUGUCAUGCCUGGUGUAGGGGAGGACAGGCCGACCGUGACAACUACCAGCCCUGGCAGUGUGUCUACCAGUGCUCGCUCACCACAUUCACCAGUCAUUGAAGCGCCGGACGACAUACUAGUGCGACACCAAAACCCAUACAGAUUUGAAUCCAAUCGAUACCACAGUUUUGGCGGUGAAUGGCCCGCGAAAAGCCCGUUACGGCCCGGACUACUGGCCCGACACGGCUUCUUCUACUGCCGGCCCACUAACACCAUACAGUGCUAUCAGUGCGGGGCGCCUAUAGGUGCCAACAGUGUACCGGAUAACCACUUUAUACCCGCACACCAGCCCCUGUUUGGGGCCAAUCACCGGACGAACUGCGCGUUUGCGAACGACAACGCCAGUGAUAACAUACCUCUAGUCGACUGCGCCGGUAGCCAACGCCAGGCACCGGCACCUCAUCCCACGACACUCAAUGGUCUCGUCAAUGGCCACAACAGGGGCUCGGAUUCCGACGACUCCGGCAAUAGUUCCGAAGGGAACCGUAGUUCGUCGCCACCCCUAAGCAGUUCACCACCCGAUGAGCUAAUGUCCAGUUCCUCGUCAAACUCGUCGUCGGACACCACGCCGUCGCCUACCGGGCCUCAGCCGCCUACCAGUGCUUUGCCUAACGGUGCUGAGCCUACAGGUGCUCACAGCCCACAGCACCAGGAGAUCAGCGAUGAAAUGCUGGCGAACUUUCGUAACUCCGACCGACAUAUAGGCGCCGUCCGGGAGGCCAUGCGUUUGGAGCACAAUAGACUCAAAUCGUAUUUUAUAGCCGGACAACCCCUGUGGACAGUGGCCCAGGUCAGCCCCCACGACCUGGCUCACGCCGGAUUUUUUAUGCUCGAGAAUGAUAGGGUGCAGUGCCCGUUUUGCACCGGGGUUAUCAGCUCGUGGGCACCCGGUCUUCGACCAUUGGAGGAGCACUCGAAACACUUCCCAUUGUGUCCGUUCAUAAUGGAGGAGGACGUGGGGAACGUCCCGAUCGGGUCGGACCCCAUACGGGAUCCGCAACCGGUCACCGGAUACGACGUGUGCGGCUCCCGAGACGUGUCACCAGUCGAUGAACAGCUACAGGAGCUGAUGACAGCCGCUCACCAAAGGUCGGGCACACCAUCACCCCAACCACCACCGGCUACCGGUGCCGUCGAGCACCGGCACUCACCUAUUGAUGUGCAGUCACUGGGAAUACAGUUAUAUUCGGGACCCAAGAAUCCAGAGAUGGGUCCACUCGAGAGCCGGAAACAGACGUUUGGCAGCAAUCAGUGGGCACAGGAAGGGGUGUCCAUCAGCACCGAUAGGUUGGCUGAGGCCGGCUUUUUCUAUAUAGGAUACCGGGACGCAGUCAAGUGUUUCCACUGCGGGGGAGGGCUGGCUGAAUGGGAACCGGGCGAUGACCCGUGGGUUGAGCAUGCUAAGAUGUUCCCCGAGUGUAGUUUCCUGAAACUCAACAAAAGUGCUUCAUUUAUACAGCGGUGCCAACGGCUGGCCUCCGAGCCCUCACCCCCGGGCGACUCUCAUGAGAUGCCCAACCCCCUCGGCACUGACCAACACGUGUGCCGAGUAGUGGACCAAUGGUUGGCCGACGACCCGGUGGUCCGGCAGUUGUUGAACACCAGUAUCUAUCCCCGGGAUGUGAUUAAAGCGGUGCUAAACGAGCGGUACCGGAGCUGUGGGCAGCCGUUCCCCAACUUUGCCCAACUUUACGAAGCGGUCGACGCGAUCGCCCAGCCCUCAGAUGGUCGACCGGACAGUAACUCCAUGUCCACUGAGACUAAUAAUGAUAAUCAACAAAACGUUUGCCAAUCCAUGGAUAGUGAGUCCACUGGCGAUAAACCUAUGGAUACUAAUGAAAGUCAAUCACCAGAAUCAUCUCAAACCUCCCAAACCAGUGGUGAUGUGAAACGCCAACCACAGCACCGGGCGAUUGCCAGUCGUUUAGCGCCCGUCAUAACCACUGGCGACACCAUGUCUUCCACACCCAACGCGUUCACCUCAACUACCAGUGCGUUAGCGCCGGGAUCCUCAUCAUCAUUAUCAGCAACACUACCGACAACCUCAACAGCGCCGACAGCCCUUCCACCACCACUACCGCAGCUAAAGUCCCUGUCCAGGGGGUCGGGACCCCCACCCCCAUCACCCACCAGUCGGCUACAGUGCAAGAUAUGUCUGGGCUCGGAGAUCGAGGUGGUGUUCCUCCCGUGCGGACACCAACUGGCCUGCACUGAGUGCGCCCAACGGCUGACCGACUGUCCCGUAUGCCGACAACCCAUACGUGGCUUUGUGCGCACGUUCUUCUCGUAAAAGCACCGGUAGUUUUUCACACUAACACCACGUGAUUGUGUGGUUUUAUAUGAUUAUUAUAACACGGCUAUAAUUUAUCAUGUUUUUAAUUUUUUUUAUUGCCCAUGUACCCGGGUAUUAUUUUGCAGAUUUCUUUGUGUUGCUAAUAAAUAAUUACCUAUUAUGUAGUUAUAUAGUUCGCACAAAAUAUUAUUACCCUGAACACCUUACGCUUUUGUACCCAGAUAUAUCUGAUACCAAACAGCCUGAAUAUAUUAUAAUUAUAUUAUUAUAUAAUUUUGUAUAUAUAUAUAUUAAAACUCAUAGAAUAUUUUUAACAGAAUAUUCUGGACACUGAACAAUUACUUAAUUUUUUACACACAAUUUUUAUAUAACACCAGGCACAGUUUAAUAACACAAUAUAUCUGCGAGAUUAUGAACACACCCGGGUAUUAACCAAGAAUAUACAGUUUUUUAAUGGUGGUUUACAUGCGAUAUACAUGUGACACUAUGACCCCAAUCAAAUAAAAAUUGUCAUUUUUUGUGAGCUUUAUUGUGCAAAAAAUUUGAGUCAAUUUUUACGGCAUUAAUACAGCCCUACCUAACCCUAUAACCCCUGACCGGACUCCCGGUUUACAGAGAGAUUCUGGUAUAGAAUAUACAGAAUAUAAUACAGAAUAGUGACUGAUAUUCAGUCUAAAUCUAAUGCCAAUACGAAACAAACUGGAUCAUUUAUGAUAGUUGUUUAGAUGUUUACUAAUAUUUAUAAUUAGCACAUACACCCCCAUCACUCCCACCCCCACUUCAUACACCAUACACCACUCAAUCACGUGAAAUAGCGGGGUAUUUAUUUGGGUAAAAUACAUUAAUUAUAUAAUUAUAAUGAUUAUAUUUUGGAUAAUAAUUAUGUGUAUUU